AUGGCGGACGCACCCCGAGGCGGAGCAGCAGCUCGUGGCGGCGCUGGCGGAUUCGGAUCUCGCGGCGGAGCAGGCGGUGAUCGUGGAGACCGUGGCCGUGGACGUGGACGUCGUGGACCUCGUCGUGGCGCAAACAAGAACGAGGAGAAGGAGUGGCAGCCAGUUACCAAGCUUGGUCGUUUGGUAAAGGAUGGAAAGAUCAAGAGCAUGGAGGAGAUCUACCUGCACAGUUUGCCAAUCAAGGAGUACCAGAUUGUGGAUUUCUUCUUGCCAAAGUUGAAGGAUGAGGUCAUGAAGAUCAAGCCCGUCCAGAAGCAAACUCGUGCCGGUCAACGUACCCGAUUCAAGGCUAUUGUUGUCAUUGGUGACUCUGAGGGACACGUUGGUCUCGGUAUCAAGACCUCCAAGGAAGUCGCUACUGCCAUCCGUGCCGCCAUUAUCAUCGCCAAGUUGAGCGUUCUGCCAAUUCGUCGUGGAUACUGGGGUACCAACCUUGGUCUUCCUCACUCCCUGCCCACCAAGGAGAGUGGAAAGUGUGGUUCCGUUUCCGUCAGACUUAUCCCAGCUCCCCGUGGUACCGGUCUCGUCGCCUCCCCAGCCGUUAAGCGUCUCCUCCAACUCGCCGGUGUCGACGAUAUCUACACUUCCUCCUCUGGAUCCACCAAGACCCUCGAGAACACCCUCAAGGCCACCUUCGUCGCUGUCGGCAACACAUACGGAUACCUCACACCCAACCUGUGGAAGGAGACGAAGCUCAUCCGCAGUCCUUUGGAGGAGUUUGGUGAUGUUCUGCGCGCCGGAAAGAGAUACUAG